AUGUAUGAAAGCUUGUUUCUGAGUCAUCCAUUUUCCCCAAAUGGUAAUGAGAGCUUGAACACCAUCGAGAACAAUGUCAUGUCGAAAACCUAUUCAAAAGCAUGGUCGAAUCCCUAUGUUGGAGAAAUAAUCGAAGGCUGUUUCAGUGAUCAAGCUGAGCGGCCAAAAAUGAGGGAAAUUCUUAAAAAACCGCUCUUCAAAGGUGUAUCUCAAAAAUUGGAAGAUGGGUGCUUGCCUAUUGGUAUUUUGGAAGGAGACGAUCGAAAACGGGCAGCACAAGCAGAAUCAGAAGAAUCAGAAGAUGAGAACGAAUACGAUGAACGAUUGAAUGGAUUAAAAGUUCCUGACUUUCAAAUAGAAAAAUAUCUAGGAAAAGGAGCAGGCUACGGCCCGACUCUACUCGUAUCGAAAGACAAGUCAAAAUACAUAGCAAAAUCGGUUCCUUGGUCCAAUGCUCAAGAUCUCCAGAAUGCUUACAAAAAAAUUGAAGCCUUAAGAUCUUUGAGAUCUGAUUUUGUGGUCAAGUACUCGGAUUAUAUACCGAAAGAUCAAUGGCAAGACUCCCUUUAG